AUGGAUUACUUUUCACAGUACGGAGGACACGAGGCGUCAUCGUCGAUAAAUGUACCCCCACGUGUCGAAUCUAUAACGGACUCUUCGUCUUCUGAAUCUGUUUCUGAUACUGCCGGAACCUCACCAUUUUUAAACGCUCAACAAUUGCCUCUCCCAGACUUUUCAAAAACCUUCACUACCGAAACGUUGCAACCCACGAUGCAGGAGGAACAAAAUGCCUUUGCAUCCACCAGUGCUCAGCCGGCUUACUACCCUAUGCCUGCUGCCGGUUACAUGUCCUUUCAAGCUCCGUUUUCUCAUAAUCCUUCCGCUCCUCCUUCUCCUCCUCUCGCUGCUGCACUUAGCCAAACCCCAUCUCCUGUUCCCAUUCCAAAUCCCUCCACCAGUAUGCCAGUCCCCAUGCCCAUGCCACUUCCGGAAUUCACACCGCCCGUCCCCGUCACCAACGACGUACGCGACUCUGGUGUAGACUUUGGUCUCGGAAUACGACCACCAUCACAAGCUGCGAGUACAGCAGUCAUUGCUACGGAGCCACCGCUUUUCCGUGCCCGUUCUCUUCUGGGCUUCGCAAAAUCUCAAUCUCGAUUAGGUUUCGUCAGGCCUCGGCCUCCCACUGCCACAACUGUUACCAGUGAAUCAAGUUCAGAGUCAGAUUUAGAUUCGGAUUUAAAUCUUAUUCAACCACAUUAUCAUACCUGGGAUGAAUCGACUCGAGCGCUAAUUGAAGGUCUACGACCUGUGAUGGAAAGUUGUAUAGAGAUUGUGGUGCGGCUGAUUCCUACUCCGCAGGUUUCCUCUGCAGGUAGACUUAUCAGGUUGCCUUUAGGACGGGAAGAGGCAGUGUGUGCGUCAAUGGAGGGGACAUUGCGUCACCUUUGGGGGUGUAUCACUUUGCGACCGGGUUGUGCUUGUCCUAGUGAGAGAGAGCAAGAGGCCUUGCCUGAAGGCGAGAGGGGAUCAGAUGUAUGCCGCGAGUUUCAUGAAGCUUUCGAGCGGAAGCUUCGUCGAUUCACGACUCGAAUGCGAACUUUCCACGAGCAAAUCAAUCGACCCCGGAGAAUGCACAGGUCAUCAUUCACCGAGCGACUUUUAGGAUGGCAGGAUGCGUUCGAUCAAUGGAUCAACCGGUUCGAGAGAUUGAAUGCAUACUUGCGACUUCGCCUAGCGCAUGCACAUGCAAAGCAAAUACAUCUUCAACUCGAAGACGAACGUACCGUCGCCGCGCAAAUGCGCUCACCUGAAAAUAGCGAAGCUGGAUCCGCUUCUGGGAGGCGUAGCAGCCAAAGACACCGUCAUCACCAUGAGUUGACUAUACAGCAACUCAGGGAGGAUUACGAUCUCGCAAAGGGUGCUUUGUUGGAGGCACAUAAACGAUCAGCAGGGCUGGCUUGGAGACGGGAUGGUAUGGGUCAAUUGGUACGGGAUUUCGGAAACUGGACGAUUAGAGACGCAGUUUAG